AUGCUACCUCUAGUAUCAUCAGAGACCUCAAUAUUACCUUUACCAACUACAACUUCAUCAACGUUAGCUUUACCAACUUCACCAUCAUCAACAUUAGUUUUACUAACUUCACCAUCAUCAACAUUAGUUUUACUAACUUCACCAUCAUCAACAUUAGCGCCAAUAACUUCACCAUCAUCAACAUCAGUUUCAUUAACUUCACCAUCAUCAACAUUAGCUUUACCAACUUCACCUUCAUCAACAUUAGCGUCAAUAACUUCAUCAUCAUCAACAUCAGUUUUAGUAACUUCACCAUCAUCAACACCAGUUUCCUCAACAACAAAAUUAAAAUGUGAAGCUACUUGUUGUAUAUCUAAUGAUUUAUAUGUUCCUCGAAAUCAAUCCGAUUUUAAAUUAUCAAGUGAUAAACGAAGUGGUCAAUUAGGUUGGUUCUUAAAAUAUCAAUGGCUUACUUAUUGUCAAAGUGAAAAUAAAGUUUAUUGUUAUUUUUGUCGUACAGCUUAUUAUGGUGGUUUUCAUCCAGAACCAAAUAAAAGUGGUGAAGCUACGUUAGCAUUUACUGGUUUCUCUGAUUGGAAAAAUUCUAUAACUCGUCUGACAAAACAUGAAUCUAGCAAAACACAUUCUGACUGUGUAUAUUUAGUUAAACAACAACAGAAACCAACAGUUGCUGCUCAACUAAACCUAACACAUCAAAUUCAACAAGCAAAACGACGGCGUAUGCUUCUUACAGAAAUUCAGUGCAUUAAAUUUUUAUUGAGACAAGGUCUAGCUAUUCGUGGGCAUGUUGAAGAUGAAGCAAAUUUAAUACAGUUGUUAAAAUUACGUUCAUCUGAUGUUGAUGAUCUUGCUGAAUGGUUAAAAGAAAAAAACUAUUUAUCACAUGAUGUUAUAAACGAAAUUUGUCAACUCAUUUCUUUAUCAAUUGUUCGUGAAUCAGUUAAAGAAAUUUCUGAACGUAAAAUUUAUAGCAUAAUAUGUGAUGAAACUCGUGAUGAAUCGGGUAAAGAACAGUUAUGUUUUACGAUGAGAUCUGUUGAUGAUGACUUUAUCAUAUAUGAAGAUGUACUUGGAAUGUAUAUGAUCGUAUCACAAAGUGCAGCAGAUAUAACUGAAGUUAUUCUUGACAUUAUAUGUCGAUGUAAUUUGGAUAUUAAAGAUUGUAGAGGACAAGGGUAUGAUGGUGCUCCAUCUAUGGCUGGCCAUAUAUCUGGCACAGCAGCCCGAAUUCAAAGUUUAUGUAGGAAGGCAUUUUUCGUUCAUUGUAAUGCGCACUCUUUAGAUCUUGCAUUACAAGAUUUAACUUCUACAUCAUCAAGUAUUUCUACUGCUUUAAAUAUAACAAAUGACAUUAUCAGUUUUAUAAAAGAUUCUCCAAAAAGAUUGAGUUUAUUAGAUUCAUUAACAGAUUUAAAUAAUUACACUCAACUAAAACCACUUUGUCCACAUCGUUGGACGGUGCGUGCAUCGUCAAUAAAUUCGUUAUUAAUCAAUUAUUCAUUAGUAAAAACAGCAUUAACAGAAAUUGUUGAAGAAGGUGAACAUCCAGCACCAAAAGCUAAUGCAUUAAAAGAACAAAUGGACAAAUUUUCAACUUAUUUUGGACUAAAACUAGGCGAAAUUAAAACUGAUGAAUAUUUUAUGAUUUUUUUUCAAGGUAUUCAAGCUGAAGCUAGAUCAUUAACAGAGGAACCAUUUUUACCACGUCCUAGAAAACCCCCUUUAAGAUUUACUAAUUAUUUACCAACACCAACACGUUAUGAAACAAUAUGUGAUUUUUACCAUUAUCAAUAUUUUGAAGUUAUUAAUAAAAUUAUCGAUGCACUUGAUUCACGUUUUAAACAAUCAGUAUUUCCUUUACUAUGCAAAGUUGAAAAAUUUAUUUUAUCAGAAGCUAAUAUUACUAAAGAAGAAGAUACUGUAAGUUUGAAUGAUAUUAAGGAGUUUUUAGUUGGUGACAUUGAUAUUGAUCGAUUAGAACGUGAAUUAACGCUGCUGCCUGAUUACUUUUCAACAGUUAACAAACAAACAAAUCUUAAUUUAAAAAGAAUUACAAAAAUUAGUACUAUAUGUGAACUUUUAAAUACCGAACCAGUUGGAAAAAAUUUAUUUUGUGAAUAUCGUAAAUUACUACUAUCAUAUUUGACAAUUCCAACAACAACGGCCGCUGCCGAACGCUCAUUUAGUGCAUUAAAUCGAAUAAAAACACAUCUACGUUGUACAAUGACUCAACAACGAUUAAAUCAUGUUAUUAUUCCUCAUAUACACAAAGAAAAAUCAGAUCUGCUUGAUCUGAACAGAAUUUGUUCUGAAUUUAUUUCAAAGAAUCAGAAUAGAAAAAAUUUCUUUGGUCAUGAAUAG